UAGCCUCAAAGUUAGCUCUGUGUCUUUAUUGUUGUCUUUCUGCCGUUCUGUCUUAAUUCAUGUACAUGAAGAAGAGGGGUGUUUGUGUGUAGUGGACUGGUGGCCUUUAAAGUUGCAGUUGGGGCUUGCACAGGGACUCUUCCACUUGUCGCCAUCACUCAGACAAGCUGGGAAAGGAUGUACAGCCUGCUGUAUCUCUUGAACAUUCCCAACUAGAAACCAUGGCUGGAUUUUACGGCUGCUUGCAGGGAAAGAACAGUGACUGCAGUAUCAUGGCCUCUGGACCAUCAGAUGUGUUGACCAACCAGGAUCCAGCAGACACCACCGAAGAGUGCACAGGCAAGAAGAAGUCCAAGUUCCAGACCUUCAAGAACUUAUUUUCUAAGAAGAAGAGAAAGGAGGCCGCUGCUCCUGCCGGGGGGGACAGUGGGUUGAAGUGUAGCCAGUCUAGUGACAAUGUCAACGCCCCCGAACCUGCACUUCUCAUCCUCUCUGAGAAAGACGAGGGCUCUGGGUCAAAAAUAAAUAUGGGUAAUAAGGCUCUGUCACAUGACAGUGUCUUUGUCUCUGAAUCUCCUUUGUCAGAGGUGACUGAGGGUCUGGGAGUCUCUCAGGACAGCAUCCAUGGGAAAGUCAAGUCUCUACAGGUCAUCAGGCGAGGGUCUCCUCCUUCUCUGUUGAAACAGGUCAUCAGGCUAGGCUCUCCUCCGUCUCUGUGUGUGAAGAAGAUGGAUGACGCAGGGACUCUUUCAGAGGAUGACGGCCUGCCCUGCAGCCCACCAGAGUACUCCACCCUGCACACUGUCCUGGCUGGGGUGUCCCACAGGUCUUCCAAACCGGUGCAGAGGAACAGCUCCCUGAGUCUGGAAGGGACCGACAGUGAUGAAGACCAGAUGUCCUGUGAGACGGGCUCCAGAUCGGUCAGUCCCCUGGUCUUCCUGCCUGUAGACUUCAGCCAGCCUGCCAGUCCCAUGGGCUGCCUGGACAACACUGCCGCUCGCCACCGCCUGGCUGUCCGACACAAGGCCUGUGCCAAGACGAGGAAACCCACCACUAGGGUUGAUGGCAGGGCUGAAGGAGAAUCAUUCCAGGAGGAAAGACAGAAUUGUAUCAUUCCAGAAUCUGUGGAGGAGGAUGAGGAGGAAGAUGUGAAACGUGAGCAGGCUGGUGUUGCGGAGGAGGAGGAGGAGCAGCAGACAGAUGGGGUCGUGGUGUCCCAGCAGGCCGAGCGGUCAGCCCCAGAUGAAGAGGAUAAGCAGGGUGUCCAACAGGAAGUGUCUCAUGCUCAGGAUGCCCCCUCCCUCUCCAUACAGAAUGACUCUGACUCUGAGGAAUGUCUUUCAGGCCAGGCUGAGGUUCCAGCUCCCCGGCUCCAGACCGCCCCACUGCUUGGCUCCCUGAAGUCUCUGGAGCCCCCUGCUGGAUAUGACUUCCUCCUGUCCCCUCCUGGGUGUAAGGUGGCUGUGGAGGGAGGCUCUCUACUCCAGGAGGUGUUGAGCUCCCUCAAGGGUCCACUGACAUCUGUCCUGGGGCUGGAGACAGAGGCUGUGCUUGUGGAGGUGAAUAUGGAGGGGUCAGAGGCUGAGAGCAGGGUGGAUGAGCUGGCAUUGAACCCACAGGAAGAAGCGUGUCUCCCCAGUGAUGGACCGGACUGCUCAGCAGAGCCCCGAGAGGAGGUGGAGGGUGAGCCUUAUGAAUCUGAGGAGGAGUUAGUGGUGGAACAUUUCCAUCCAAAGGAGGAAGAGGAAGAUGCAGAGGAAAUCAACCCUGAGUACUUAACCAAAGAAGAUCAGGACAUGCCUUCAGUGGAAAAGGAGGAAGAGGAGGGGGCAGAGGUAGAGGAGAAGGAAACAGAGGAGGUUGUGGAAGAUGAGAGGAGGGAAGAGGAGGUCAAAAUGGAGCCAGUCUCAGAUGUGCCAGUGCAGACAGCCUUAUUGGAGCCAGGGGAGGAAGAUGAUGUAACGCCAACCUCUGUGGAGAAUGAUUUCCAGCAGGUUCCAGACAGAGACCCUGAGAGAGCUUGUGAGAGCCCUGAGUGCACCACUGAACUGUCUGACCAAACAGUCACAGACCAAGCCUGUCUCCCCCAGCUGCCAAACAGCAGUACACCUCCUCCAGAGUCCCUGGACAAGCCUGAGGCCCCUGCACACACCACACAGGACCAGGAAGAGCCCAGUGUAACAACUGACCAGCCCUGUAUAACCAGUCCCAGUGCAGCCGCCGGCCCGGAGCAGAGCCCCCAGGAGCACUGCAGGGGACCAACUGCCACCGAGGAUCCUGAGAAACCAUCUGGUGGUUCUGAACAUAAUAGACCCAGGUACACCAUUGCCCCUGCCUGGCAAAGGUUGGCUACCAAAGAGCUAACCUCCCCUUCUCCAUCUCCCUCGGUCACUGUGCCUGGGGCUGUGGAAGGAAAAAGAGACCCCCCAAGUGGAGUGGAGCCACUUAGCCCUGUGGGGGCUGAUGUCCCUGCUAGUCCCAUCCCAACACAGAGCUCCACAGCACCCAUCAUGUCACCUGAAGACACUCCCCCUGCAGCCCAGGAGGAAGAGACCCCUGAGAAUCUGUUUGGUGUCAGGCUUAGGAAGACCUCUGUGGGUAUGCUUCGCUUAGGCUCAGAGAGUGAAACUCCUCCUGCAUCCCCAGCACACUCACUUCCCAUAGAGCCACAGAGGGGCUCGUUCACUGAACCACAGCCAAACAGCAAACCUGCCCUGCCUAGAAAGCCCUCAGAGCUGGAUGGUAUGGUCAAGCCAAAGAGAAUACCAGAUCUGUCUGGGGGUCGAGAGCCUAGUGGGGGACCUGGUGGGGGAUCUCAAUCGCCAAGCUGGAUCUCAGUGGCCAGACAAAAGCAGAGGAUCUUAAAAGAGAACUCAUUGGAGGAAACCACGGAUAACAAAGUCCCUGCAGAGAUGGAGGAGCUUAACAGAAAAAAAAACAUUCAUACAUUGACAAGGCCUGUCAACAAAGACCAAGCCAAGCCUCCAGGAUCUCCUGUUAAAGUGUUGUGUUCCCUGGAGAUCUCCAAGCCUGUCGUGGUUGAGAAGGAAGGGAAGAGAGCCCUGGCUCACCCAGCCCCUACAGCCCUGGCUCAGGGCGAGCCCCCGUGGUUGGCCCUUGCUAAGAAGAAGGCCAAAGCCUGGAGCGAGAUGCCCCAGAUAGUGCAGUGAAGAUGGGCCAAACCAUCCGUCCGCUGAUGGAUCAGAAUGCAUUUGCACACCCAGAGUAUAACUUUUGUUUUCUACUUCUUCUGCUGUUCUAAUACCUUCAAGCUUCUGAUUGGUCAGACACUGAAACCCUCAAAUCACACGCUGCAGUGAAAGGAGUGAGUUGGGAAUUGGGCCAAAUGAGUAAAGGUUUUGAAUUAUUGAUUGAUACGGCAUACAAUUGGAUUCAGUUGACAUGAUAUGUCUUUAAGUAAGACAGACCAAUGACUAAAUUAGUUAUUUGUUUUAAUUUCUUAACUGACAAUGUCAGUCUGUAUGAGGUGAGGUUCAGGUGUGUCAAAACCUUAAACCUAGCCUUGAUCUUUGAUUUGGGGAUGAAUAAGCAUGGAUGGAAAGAAAGAGAUGAAGGUUUCUUCUUUUUAUUUAUUAAAUCUCUCAUGUUUGA